AAGAUACAAUUUCUUGUUAACCAAAAUGUAACCGAAAGAUACAAAUUAACUUUACUUAAAUCAUUUGUUUCCAAUUAAAUGAGUUGAUAAUUUUUGAUUAAUUUACCAACAAAGUACAAAAUGUAACAAUUAAAAAGAUGUAAAUCCAAGAUAAUAAAACAAUUAAUUCAAUUGCGAGAAAUCAAUGAUUGUCUCCAUGUUUAUAUUUCUAUUAGCUGAAAGUAUUAACCUUAGCAACGGUUAAUUUUGAUAAACAAACCAAAGGAAAAUAGUGAAUUUAAUCAAUUUAGCUAAUAAAAUUUAUGAAUAAAUUGUUGACAAUUAACUUGUAGAAUGUUGAAAACUGUGUUUACAAUUAAUUUAGAUGAGAAAAUUCAACCAGGACAAGUAGCAAUCGGUAAAUUUGAUGGUAUUAAUCCUUGUGUUGUCGCUGUAACAACAAGUGAUAAGGUUCUUUUACACAAUCCACUCCGUCGUUCUCAACAAUCAAGUGAAAGAAAUUGGAAUCAACCAUCAGCAGGAAUCGAUGUUUCCUUUCUCAAUGUUAAUCAAACGAUAAGAUCGAUCGCCGUUGGUUGUCUUAAGGUCAAUUCUGAGGCCGAUGUUUUAAUUCUCGGAACACCAACUAGUAUAUUAACUUACGAUGUCAUCAAUAAUGUUGACAUUUUCUAUCGCGAGAUACCUGACGGUGCUAAUGCCUUGGUGGUUGGACACAUAGGGUCAAUCGAAAGCCCUCUGGCAAUUGCUGGAGGUAAUUGUGCAAUCCAAGGGUUUGAUUAUGAAGGAAAUGACUGUUAUUGGACAGUCACUGGAGAUAAUAUUACCACCCUGGCUCUUUGGGAUAUCGAUGGUGAUAAUCACAAUGAGCUAAUUGUUGGAUCGGAAGAUUAUGAUAUCAGAAUUUUCAAAGAGGAAUCAAUUUUCCUUGAGAUGUCGGAAACGGAUUCGGUUAAAUGUGUUUGCCCUUUAAUGGGUGGAUGCUUUGCUUAUGCUUUGGUCAAUGGGACGGUUGGUGUUUACUCAAAAAAGGAAAGACUUUGGAGAAUCAAAUCAAAAAAUCAAGCAAUUUGCAUCUAUGGAUUUGAUAUCAACAAUGAUGGUCGACCAGAGUUAAUCACUGGCUGGUCAAGUGGUAAAAUAGAUGCUCGUAAUAUGGAAACGGGUGAGGUCAUUUUCAAGGAUAAUCUAAGCUCAUCAAUUGCCGCAAUUUUAUCCGCUGAUUAUAACCUUGAUGGUCUAAUUGAAUUGAUUGUUGUGAGUAUAUCCGGUGAGAUUAAGGGUUACCAGGCUAAUUUAGGUACCGAGAGACCUCAACCCUUACUUGAUUUAACUUAUGAACAAGAAACAAUUAGAGAUUUAAUGAAACGCAAGCAAAAUUUGCUUCUCGAACUGAGAAAUUACGAGUCAAAUGUUCAAUUUAGUACAACAGCCGACACAACGAUUCAUGGUAAAGCCUCAACGGAAGAUGAUCAAUAUGGUGCAAUUCCAGCCGAUACACAAUUGAAAUCAGCAUUAAUCCUCAACAUUGAAGAUAGUAAGCCUUCAGUUGAUUUGACACUUCAAACAACCAACGAAACAAUUAUUCGAAUGGUGGUCAUUUUCGCCGAGGGAAUUUUCAAAGGAGAAAGUCAUGUUGUCCAUCCUUUAGAAUCAGAGGUUUCGGGUACACUUAAUAUCCCGUUAAGGCCACCAAAAGAUAUUCCAAUUGAUUUACACAUUAAAUCAAUCGUCGGCUAUAAGGGAAGUUACCAUUUCCAUGUAUUCGAGUUGAGUCGGCAUCUUCCCCGUUUCUCAAUGUACGCGCUCAGAAAAAAUGUUAAUCUUCCAGAAUCAAGUAAACCUCGAGGUUGGGUUAACUUCACAAUAAUGGAUAAAGUUGGUAAAAUUUGCCUUUGGUUGAAUCGUAAUUUCCUUUUGGUUGAAGAGUUCGAAUACCUUGAAAGUCUUGAUAUAACAUUUACCUCACUUCGUGAUAAUAAAUUGUUGAUCUUUGAGAUGGACGGAAAAACGGGAAGUUUCACCAUACGAACAAACUCACUGGAAGUUGCCGGUGAAAUUGUACAAUCGUUGGCAGUUGAUUAUCUUAAUUUAGCUGAUUUAAAAUCGACUGUUGAUUUCCCUGAAGAUAUUGAUAAUCUUAAAAAGUUGAUUAACAAAGUUGAAGAGAUGCAAUCGGUUCGAGCUUCGAUUGAUGCUGAUAUUGCAGAGAAUUCGGUUGCAGUUCGUUCAUUAGUAGUUCGAUCUGAAGAUGCUCGACUUCUUGGAGAAUGGAAAAUGGUCAAGCAGCUUUACAUGGACCUUAAUGUACUCAAUCGUGAAUUGAUUCAUGAAUAUCAAAUACGAAGUCGAAAUCAUAAAGAUUUAGUUGAUAGUUUGAAACAAAUUAAUAUAAUUAUCCAAAAGGCAGCAAAUUUAAGGGUUGGCCCAUCAAAGACCAAGAUUGUUCAAUUAUGUCGAUUGGCAAUUAAGGAUAACAAUUUAAAUUCAUUGGCAAGAAUCAUUUGUCGAGGGGAGGCCUGAUUAAUGAAUAGAGAAACUGAGUGAGAGAGAGAAAGAUAAUCAAAUCAAACUAAUCAAUUAUUAAUUACCACACAUAAUAUCAUCUAAUUUAUGAUAUGUUAACAGAAACAGUGAUGAUAAUCAAAUAAUUUACCAUAAAUGAGUGAAAAAUGAUCAUUAAAUUAGUGAUUUAAAUGGUAUGUUAACAGAAAAAUUGACCAACAAUCAAUGAGCAUCAACAAUUAAACAUUGACAACAAUCAGGAUAUUUCAUUUUUCCUGAGUAAAUGAAAAAACAAUCAAUGAAAUUAAACGAGCACAAACUGUUAACCAUUUAAUUGUUACAGAAAAUAAAAAUUGAUUGGUUAAUGAUAUUCACCAACAAUCAAAUGUUUAUCAAUUAUCAUCAUUUGUGUAUUGCUAUUGAAACAAAAGCUAAAAGGUAAGUUUUGUUGUUAUG